UUUCCCUCUAUAAUAAAAACAAACACAUAGUGUUGAAUACCUCACUCUACACCUCUUAAUUUCACUUCACUUUAAAGCUAAAAAAAUAAAAUCAACAUAUUUAACUCUUCAUUUCUCCAUCUCCCUACUCAAAACCUUUUGCUUCUCUAAUUCUAGAGUCAAUUAGGGUUUUUCAUCUUUCUUCUUUUAUGUGAAGUUAUAUAUAAUUAAGAAAAAUGCUACAAUGGAAGCUAUGAAUAUAACUUCAUUUUUUUCCUCAUUAAUUUUCUCUAUCAAAGAAAUUGUUAUUGCAUUUCUCAUUCUUCUUCUACUACUCUCUCCUAAUUCCUAUUCCUUAAACCCUAAUUAUAAACAUGAAACCCUAAACUCUACAAAGGAUGUUUUAGUUGAAGAGAAGUCAAGAUUGGGUUCGAUGCCACCAAGUUGUUAUAAUAAAUGUAAUCAAUGCCAUCCAUGUAGGGCAAUUCAGGUUCCAAGUCUACCGAGUAAUAAUGGUGUCGAACCAAGAGGUGGUGUGGCUCGAACCCAAGCUAGGUCCAUGGACCACACCACUAUUGAAUCGUCAAUUUUACAUGCAGGAGCUAGCAGGUACUCGAAUUACAAGCCACUUGGAUGGAAAUGUAGAUGUGGGGGUCACUUCUACAAUCCAUAGCUCAAAAUUAUCUAAAUUUAUUUAAAAUGAGUCAAUAGAACAACAAUUGAAAUGCCCCUUUUUAUAUUAUAUUAUAUUAAUAGAGAGAGUAAACAUAUGGUUGAGAUUUGUAAAAAUUAGAGAAAGUCAAGUCAAGGCAAGACAUUAAAUGAGGUUGUUAUAAGUAGUAUUUACUAUGGUUGUACAUAUUCAUAAUUAAAAAGUGAUUGAUUGGUAUGGUGUUGAUAUGAAUGUAGUGUUGGAUAUAUGGAUCUUGUUAAAGUA